CUCUUUGGAAGAGCCCUUCCCUACCGUUGGAUCACCCUUGCUCGGUCCAGAUUGACGCUAGGUUGGGCUUGUAGAAUCCGCGAGGCGUCUCCCGAUCUCAACUCCCAGGGCCGCGCAAACCAUGUCCGCCCGCGCCGCCGGCGACGGCGAUGGCGGCCGCCGCAACACCCUAGCCAAGGUGUCCCUCUCCUCGCUCUCCGCUGCCACGGCAGAGGCGGCCACCUUCCCCAUCGACGCCAUCAAGACGCGCCUCCAGCUCCACCGCAGCCCUGUGGGUGGUGGCGGCGGCGGCGGUGGCGUCAUGCGCGUCGCCGGCGAGCUCGUGCGCGACGGGGGAAUCUACCGGGGUCUCUCUCCCGCCGUCGUCCGGCACCUCUUCUACACCCCGCUCCGCAUCGUGGGCUACGAGAACCUCCGGUCUACCUUCGCCUGCGGUGGCCGAGAGGCGGGCCUUCUCGAGAAGGCGCUCGCCGGGGGAGUCUCCGGCAUUGUCGCGCAGGUGGUGGCAAGCCCUGCUGAUCUCAUUAAGGUAAGGAUGCAAGCAGACAGCAGACUGUUGAGCCAAGGCAUCCAACCACGGUAUACAGGAAUCUUAGAUGCCUUCACGGAAAUUAUACGUACCGAAGGAUUUCGAGGACUUUGGAAGGGGGUUGUUCCUAAUGCCCACCGAGCCUUUCUUGUCAAUAUGGGAGAAUUGGCGUGCUAUGACCAGGCAAAGCAUUUCAUCAUCCGGAAGCAAAUUUGUGGCGAUAACCUGUAUGCCCACACACUUGCUUCUGUGGCCUCUGGACUUUCUGCAACAACCUUAAGCUGCCCAGCAGAUGUAAUCAAAACUAGGAUGAUGAACCAGGGCAAGGAUGCAAAAGUUAUGUACAGGAAUUCUUAUGAUUGUUUGGUCAUGACUGUCAAGCAUGAGGGGUUGACAGCAUUGUGGAAGGGCUUCCUACCUACAUGGGCCAGGCUUGGUCCGUGGCAGUUUGUGUUCUGGGUUUCCUAUGAGAAAUUGCGUCAAGCAUCAGGUAUUUCGUCAUUCUGAAGGUGCUGCUGGCUUAGUUUUAUCUUAGAUGGCUGUUAAUUGUUUAGUUCAGCUUGUGGCGUAAUGUAUACCAUGCUUGUCCUCAUUUCCUCUUGACUUUACAACUGGAAUAUUGAACCCAUCGCUAAGGACGCAGCAGUUAAAAAGGGAAAAGGGCUAUACUUCACCACCAUGUAACUUUAUAAUU